CUCUAGAAAACAUAUUGAAAAAAAAAAUGAAAGAACGGGAGAGCAAUACUGUUGACGGUGUAGCUUCGAGCUCACGGCCGUCGUCGAAGGCCACCACAACAACCACAAAUAGAGUAAACGGUCCUCGACUUAAUAAUAGUCUUCCGGGAAGGGCAGGAACAAUAAGGAAGAACAAUGAUGCGAAUAGCCUUCAACAGAUUCUACGGAAUAAUCUUCUUCUUCAACGUCGAAUUAAGGAGUACAUUGUCUUCUCCAGGCUCAAGUCUAUGAUACCUCCUCGACCUUUUCAAGAACAGAUAUCAGAAAGGCACGAAGAAGCAACUGAAGUUGAUAUGGAGCUUCGUGAGAUCCCAUCAGCUGAGAGAGAUUCUGACAAAGAAACAAGAAGCGAAGCAGACGAAGAUGAUCCAGGAGACACUACUAUUGAUUUCGAGAGUGAUUAUGAGAAAGACGGAGACGAAGUUAAAUCAUUCGUGCCAUCAAUCAGGAUAAAUGUAAUGGAAAGUUUGAUACUUAUCAAUGCUACUGUUCUUAAGAAGGUUGCAUUAACUUCAUCUCUAUUCAGAAUUCUUGAAGAAGAAAACCUCGAUAUAGUGUUUGAGAAUCAAUAUAGAACUGAAACAGUAGUUGCUCAUACUAUUCAAGUAAGAGUUCAACCAGAAUACAACAAUCAAGUAUUGGAGAACAGGCUUCGGAUGUGGGCAGGAGGAUUAUUAUGAGCUUAUGGAUAAACUUUUAUCCAUCAUGUGUGAAUGGCCCUUCAAUCCAUAAUUCAAUUGGUUCGUUGGUAGAUUAUUUAUUACUUAAAGGGGUAGGAUCUGUUGACAUGGUUAUAUUGAUAUAAUCUUCACAUUUUAGCGUCACUUUUUCUACUGAGCCCAACCGACAAUGAAUUUGAAGCUAAU